UGGGGAGGCUUAUAAAUAAGAACAGAUGCGCGCCAGAAUGGUGUUGCCUGAAUUUCUUGCAGGAUGGAAUCCACGUCUUACAAGUUUCUCCUCUUCACGGCGGCGCUGCUAGCAUGCGCCGGCUAUGGACUGUCCCUCACGCGCUGCCCUAACUGCGGCAUCACCUCAGUACCCUACCCCCUCAGCAUCUCUCCCAACUGUGGCGACCCCUCCUACAAGAUCCGCUGCAGCUCCGGCUCCCUCGUCUUCGACACCCUCAAUAACUCCUACCCCAUCGAGUCCAUCGAGCCCCAGACCCAGCGCCUUGUCAUCCGACCCGCACCCCUCCUGUCCAACACCUGCGUCACCGCUGAUAAGAUCCACGGAGGCAUCCGCCUCAACAGCACCCUCCCCUUCAACAUCACCAGCAGCAACACCAUCGUCUACCUCAACUGCACCGACACGCUCCUCCUCUCCCCCUUGGAUUGCUCCUCCUCCAGCUUGUGUCACACCUACAUCAACGGCACCGGAGACGCGACUCCUUGCGAGGACACGCCUAUAUGCUGUACUUUCAGGGCCGGUGGGUCAAGCAACUCCUACAUGAUUCGGGUCCGGGACGUGGGAUGCAGCGCCUACUCUAGCUUCGUGAACCUGAACCCGUCCCUGCCACUGAGCAGCUGGCCUGAACCGGGGCUGGAAAUUCAGUGGGUGUCGCCGAAAGAACCGAUCUGCAGGUCCCAGGGGGAUUGCGAGGGCGGGAACUCCACUUGCGCCCCGGACCCAUCGACAUCGAGAAACGGCAUCAAGAGGUGCUUCUGUAACACCGGCCUCGUGUGGGACCCUUUUCAAGGGGUGUGCUCUGAACGAAUCACGUGUCGAAGUCCGAAUGGUUGCGGCGGCUCUUCGAAUCGGACUGCACUGAUAGCAGGUUUAACGAGCGGGAUUUGCGCAGCACUGAUAGUGGCCGUCAUUGCGCUUCUUCUCUACAAACGCCACAAACGUAUCAAGGAGGCCCGGGAACGCCUGGUCAGGGAGCGAGAGGGUAUCCUGAAUGCAAGCGGGGGAGGCAGAGCCGCCAAGCUCUUCUCUGGCAGAGAACUGAAGAAAGCUACCAACAACUUCUCCGGAGACAGCCUCCUCGGGGCCGGCGGCUACGGCGAAGUCUAUAAAGGCAUUCUCCACGACGGCAGCCUCGUGGCCGUCAAAUGCGCAAAGCUCGGGAACGCCAAAGGCACCGACCAAGUCCUGAACGAGGUGCGCAUAUUAUGCCAGGUCCACCACCGCAACCUCGUCGGCCUUCUGGGUUGCUGUGUGGAGUUAGAGCAGCCCACGAUGGUGUAUGAGUUCAUAGAGAACGGGACUCUCCUCGAUCACUUGCAAGGCCAAAAUAUGUCCAAACGGCGGGGUUCUCUGACUUGGUCUAAUCGCCUUCGAAUAGCUCACGACACGGCACAAGGUCUAGCGUAUCUCCACUUCUCGGCUGUGCCUCCUAUAUACCACAGGGACGUCAAAUCCAGUAACAUUCUGUUAGAUAAUAAAUUAAAUGCCAAGGUUUCAGAUUUUGGUUUGUCGAGGCUGGCUGAAACAGAUUUGAGCCAUAUCUCGACUUGUGCUCAGGGGACGCUUGGGUAUUUAGAUCCAGAGUAUUAUAGGAAUUACCAAUUAACGGAUAAGAGCGACGUGUAUAGUUUUGGGGUGGUAUUGUUAGAACUUUUGACGGCGCAGAAAGCUAUAGAUUUUAACAGGGCUGCGGAUGAUGUGAACUUGGCGGUUUAUGUGCAGAGGAUGGCGGAAGAAGAGAUGUUGAUGGAGGUGAUAGAUCCAGGGUUGACAAAUGGAGCGACAACUUUGGAAGUGGAUACUAUGAAGGCUUUGGCGUUUUUGGCUCUGGGAUGCUUGGAGGAGCGCAGGCAGAACCGACCUUCGAUGAAAGAGGUUGUUGAGGAGAUUGACUAUAUCAUUGGUAUUGCCUCCGCACAAGAUACCCGAACUUAAUUUGUCUAUUGUUCCGUGUUUGUUGCUGUUCAGGGGGAAGAUUCCAAUGCUCCUUUUUUAUUUGUGUGCUUAUCAUUUAAAUGCAUGUGUAUUUCUUUAACGCGAAUCAGUGAUAGUAAACAGAGGAUUUUUUUUUAUUUUGUUUUUUGGGUACAAGAUAGUAAACAGAGAUUUGCUAAAGCAGUCUCAUGUUCUGGUUCUCUGCAUCUGAGAGGAUAAUGUUGAAAGUUGAAUAAUUGGGUCAGUGUUAUGGGCCGAAUUUGUACUACUUGUCUCUCUCUGUUUCUUUUUAACUGGAUAUAUAGUCUGUGUACUUGCUGACAGUUUUGGAUGCCCGUGUGUGACAAUUUCCAAAUUAAUGAAUUAUUCAAUUUUGUUCUGUUUUCCAACAUGGUAUCAAAGUCGGGUCAAUACACAGACCCAAUUUGUUUCAUCAGUCUAACCCUAAACCUGACAUCUUUGCAAUCUUGAUUUAUCAAUCCCUUCAUCGCCAUGUUCAUCUUGCUCUCUUUUACUCAACAAUCGCAUCGUCAAUCACAAACAUCGCAGAUCAUCAUUCCUUUUUCCUCCAAGAUUCACCAUGACAGAAAGCGAAUCCACACGAUUGUCAGCUUCCGCAAUCGAUAUGAAUCAUCCACUCUCUAGUCACCCAUUGGACACCCGAGCUUCAACCCUAAUUGCUUAACUGCCUAUCGGAAGCACAAAUCAUGCUAUUUGGAAUCGCGCCAUGUGAAUAGCUCUUAGAGGGAAGAACAAGAUCGGCUUGAUCGACAGUUCUUGUAAGAGAGAAUCCUAGAACGAGGCACUUUAAAGUCAGUGCAACCGAUGCAAUGCAGUUGUCCUCUCUUAGCUAAUUAAUUCAGUCUCCAAGGAGAUUGCAGCUAGUAUUACCUUCUCUGAAAAUGCCCAAGAGGUUUGGAAUGAUCUUCGAGAGCAAUUUGAUGUCGCCGAUGGAACGAAAAUCUACAGUCUUCAUUUCUUUAUCAACACAUUUAGUCAAGGAGGUAUGUUCAUUUCAAGUUACAUCACAAAGUUGAAAGAAUUUUAGGAAGAAUAUUCUACAAUGGUUCCCCUACCUAUGGGUAAAUGUCACUCUUCAGUUGAAUAUGCAAAGAACAUUUAGCAACAAAAACUCUCUCUAUUCCUCAUGGGACUAAAUGACUUCUACCAAUCUAUUAGAAGCCAAAUUCUCCUUAUGAACCUCCUACCGUCGGUUAAUCAAGCAUAUUCUAUGAUUUCACAAGAAGAAGCACAGUGCUCCAUUUCAUCCUCUUCCUUUCAAACAUCCAAUUACUUACUACAACUGCAAGAGGUCACAGACGAUAUGCAGGGGGCCGUGGUAGGAGCAAUUCCUCAUAUGAGUGUUCUUACUGCCAUAGAAAGGGCCACAUGAUGGAUAAUUGCUUUUAUAUUAUUGGAUUCCCUCCAAAUUUUGAAGGAGGGAAUGAGAAAAUCAACUCAGUUGAACCAAUCAAAUUUAAGCUUUCACUUCCCACAGUGCCUCCAAGCCACAACAGAACCUUUCAUCUGAUCACCAGCUGCUGACUCCAAAUGACUAUGAGAAGAUUAUUGAUAAACUAAGGAAGGAAAUCCAAUCUCUUUCGGCUAAGACUCUCUCAGUAGGAGGAAUAACUAUAAAAGACUCAGGUGAGUCUUUAGGUUCAGAUUUUUAUUCCUUUUCUCAUACCUCUACACAUAAUGCACAACCACACUGGCUAUUAGACUUAGGAGCAUCCUGUCACAUAACGAGAAAAUUAUCUUUUCUUGAUACUUAUCAGGAAUACAAUGGGUCUCCACUUAAAACAAAGGUACCUAAUGCUGAUAAACUCACGGUCACUCCCAUUGGUAGUGCUAAGAUAUUUGAAAAUACUAUUUUAGAAAAUGUUCUAUAUGCACUUGAAAUUUGUUAGGACUUGAUAUCCAUAUCUCGCUUAACAAAAGAUCUGGAAUGUGUGGUCACAUUUUUUCCUGAUGUAUGUAUUACAGGAUCUCUCCAGUGGUAGAACCAAAAUGAUUGGUAGGAAGGAAUCUGGUCUAUAUUUGGUAGAUGAAAGCUUGACUUUACCAUCUAAUAUUCAUACUAGCAAUUUUGUUUUUGAUGAUAAUAUCUGGCACUUAAGAUUAGGGCACCUAUCAGACUCAAUUCUUAAACAUGUAAUUCCAUUACAAGGCCCAUUAUAUUUUAUCAUUCUUUUGGUUGUGAUAUUUGCUUUAAAGUAAAACAGUCUUGAUUGUCAUGUCCUUCUAGUCAAAUAAAAACUGCUUGUUUUAAUUUGCUUCACAUUGACAUUUGGGGUCCUUAUAAACACCCUAUUCAUCAAGGUUACAAAUUUUUCCUCACUAUAGUCGAUGAUUUCUCUCGAACAACCUGGAUUUAUCUCAUGAAACUUUCUAUUAUCUAAAACAAUUCAUCUGCCUCAUAACAAAUCAAUUUUCUACUAAAAUUUAACAUAUUCAAAGUAGAGCUAAAUUUGUCAAUGAUGAUGUUUUAACAUAUUUUACUAAAAAUGGAAUUAUUCAUGAAACUACUUGUGUGCGUACCCCUCAACAAAACAGGGUUAUAGAAAGAAAACAUAGGCAUGUGUUAGAAGUUUCUUGAAGUCUAAUGUUUCAGGCUAAUAUGCCUAUUCAAUUUUAGGGAAAAGCCAUUAAAACUUUUGUUUAUAAUCAAAGGUCUUGAAUUUUAAAACACCAUAUGAAAUAUUAUAUAAAAGGCAACUUGAUUUGUUAAAUAUGAAAGUGGUUGGAUGUUUGGCAUAUGGUAAGAUUCCUGGGAGGUUAGAUAACUUUAAAGCUAGGUCUGUAGAAUGUAUGUUUCUAGGAUAUCCUAAGAAUCGAAAGGGAUAUAUUCUUUAUGACAUUAAAAACGGUGACAUUUUUGUGAAUCGUGAUGUUGUUUUUCUUGAAAGCAAAUUUCCUUUUUCAGAACAAUCAUGUAAUGUCAAUCAACAGAAUCAGGUGCGUUUGUAGGACCCUUUUAUAUUUAAUGACAUUCCUGAUCCUAUUAUGUCUUUUGAUUUUCCCUUGCAACCUGUUAGUGAGCCUAUAAUUGAAUCAAAUCAAAAUAAUAGCAUGCCUAAUAGUAACCCUAAUUCUAUUGAUAAAACAAACAGCAACCCAGAUAUUAACAGACCCAUUAGACAUAGGAAUCUUCCCAGCUGGGCUUAAAGAUCAUGAUUGCUCUAACAUGGACUGUCUGAACAAAAUAGACAAGAAAGGAAAUAAGAAGAUCUUAUAUCCUAUGCAACAUAUUAUUGGCUAUGCAAACAUUUUUGAAUCCUAUAAAGAUUUCAUAGCUUUGACAGAUGAUAUAAAUGAACUUGAUACUUCUAAAGAAGUAGUAAGAGAUAAAAGAUGGAUUAGAGUAAUGCAAGAUGAGAUAAGUUCUUUAGAAAACAAUAGGACAUGGGACGUAUGGAUUUACCCACAGUGAAGAAACCUCGAGGUUGUAAAUGGGUCUUUAAGCAGAAGUUUAAUACUGAUGGAACCUUAAAUAAGUCAUAGGCCAGGUUAGUAGCUAAAGAUUUUAGUCAAAUAAAUUUUUUUCCCUGUUGUAAAAAUGACCACUGUUCUGUUAGUUUUAGCCUCAGAAGCACCGAUACGUGAAAAUGGCCAGCAUGUCCGUGUCGGAUAUGUAUCCGACACGGACACGUGUUCAGGACGCGGAAACGUCGCGUCCCUUUUCCCAGUUUUCGGCGAACGUGGGUGAACGUGGGUCGAGACGGGUUGACACGGGCAGACGUGGUCGAACGCGAAACUUUGCAUUUUUCACUUUUUUUUACUUAGUCCCAACUCUAGAAACCUGGUGCCCUAGGAUUCUCAGCUCCAGUCAACCCUUUUCUCGCGUUUGCCGCUUUGUCGCUUGCUGCCUCAUCGACCGUCAUAAUUCUUCAACUCUGCGUUUUCACUUCUCACUUUGCACGCUGCCUCACCGUCUGAACUCUACCUCAGCACCUUCGACAGUCGUCGUUCUUCCAUCUUCAGCUUUUAAUCUUGGUAAUUUAUCUUUAGUUCUUCAGUCUUCACGUAUUGGUGCCUGUCUGCCUGGGCGACUCUUCUGCUCUUCACUUCUUUUACUCUUCUGCGCUGAGCCCUCAAUCUUGGAUAUAUAUUGAUAUUAUUACAUUAUUGGUUAAUGAAUAUUUAUUACUUAAUUUCACUUCUGAACUAAGAGAGAGAGAGGCAGAGCAACCUGAUCAGGUUUUCUAAUUUAAUACUAAAUUAUUGAUUUAAUUUUUUUUAUUUAGAUGGAUUAUAUUUGCUGAGUUAAACAUUGAUUUAUUUUAAAUUAUAUUUUUAGACAUUCAAAUAUUUAAUAUUUAAUUAUUUAUAUAGCCGUACCUGUAUCCUAAAAUUUUAAAAAAUAGCCAUGUCCGUGUAUCGUAUCGUAUCGUACUCGAUACUCGUACCCGUAUCGGUGCUUCUUAGGUUUUAGCCAUUGCACAUAAUAAAUGGUACAUAAUUCAAAUGGAUGUUGAUAAUGCUUUUCUUCAAGGGGACUUAAAUGAAGAAGUCUAUAUGAAAAUUCCUAUGGGAUUUAGUAAACAAGGGGAGAAAAAGGUUUGCAAACUAAAUAAAUCCCUAUAUGGUUUAAAGCAGGUAGCUAGAUAGUGGAAUGCAAAACUGUGUGAAGCAUUAAUUUUUGGUGGUUUUUUCAAAGCAAACAUGAUUACUCGUUAUUUACCAAACUAAAUAAAGAUGAGUUUAUUAUUGUUCUAGCUUAUAUUGAUGAUCUUGUUAUUACUAGAAAUAGUCAUGAAGGGAUAAAGAAAACUGAAGAUUUCAUGCAUGCUAAUUUUAAAAUGAUGGAUUUAGGAUUAUUAAAAUAUUUUCUUGGCAUUGAGGUUGCUAAAUCAAAAAAGGGUUUAAUACUAAAUCAAAGGAAAUAUACUUUAGACUUGGAAGCUGCCACUGGUUUAGGAGCCUCAAAACCAAGACAUGUUCCUAUAAAUUUUAGGUUUAAAGCUUUACAGUGAACUUGAAAAGGGGGACAACGAUGACCUAUUAAAGGACCCUACUAGAUAUAGGCGAUUGGUAGGAAAACUAUUAUAUUUGACCACAAGUAGGCCUGAUAUAAGCUAUACAGUCUAGUUACUGGGUCAAUUUAUGAGCAGCCCUAGAAAAUCACAUCUAAAGGUUGUUUUAAAUGCUAUCAAACAUCUUAAAAAGGAUCUUGGAAGAGGUCUCUUCUUUCCUUCUAGAAACAUGAAGUUAGAAGGAUAUUGUGAUUUAGAUUGGGCUUCAUGCCCAGAAACUCGGAGAUUUGUUACAAGAUUUUUAGUUAAACUAGGUAAGACUAUUAUUUCUUGGGAAUCGAAAAAACAAACUACUAUUUCAAGGUCUUUUGCUAAAGCAGAGAGAAGUGUUGUGUCUGAGAUUAUAUUGUUUACUGGUUUAUUUACAAAUUUGCUUGUUUAUGAUUUAGCUCCUAUGUAUAUUGACUUUGACAGCAAGGUUGCAAUCCAAAUUGUUUCAAAUUCAGUUUAUCAUCAAAGAACGAAACACAUUAUGAUUGACUGUCGUUGUGUGCAUGAAAAGCUUCAAAGUGGGUUGAUCAAUUUAAAGCACGUGGUGUCAGGAGAAUAAUAAGCAGAUGUUUUAACCAAGUUCUUGGUAAAAAAAUGCAUGAGCACAUGUUGUAUAAGUUAGGACCUUUAAUAUUUUUCAGUCCCACUUGAGGGGGAGUGUUGAGAGUUGAAUAGUUGGGCCAAUGUUAUGGGCCGACUUUGUACUCCUUGUCUUUCUCUGUUUCUUUUGGACUUGGAUAUAUAUGUGUACUUGUUGACAAUUUUGUAUGCUCGUGUGUGGCAAUUUUCAAAUUAAUGAAUUAUUCAUUUUUGUUCAA